UCAAGGACUUAGUGAGUUUUUGAUGCACGAUUACAAGAUGUCAACUCCCUUGUUCGUCGCCGUUUUGCUAGUGUCCGUCACAGCUUCCCUGGCAUGUAAAGGCCAUUACACUCCUUUGAUCAGGGGAGAGUGUAUGGGUCACAAUCUUGGGAGCAUGAUCCACGGCGAAAGACAUCCAGGAUGUCGGGCCAGAUGUGACGACACCCCCGGCUGCAGAGGCUACUGGUUCAAAGUUGACAUGCCCGGAAGAAGACUGAGGUGCCAGCUCAAGUCGGCCAUGUGCAAUAACGCGGUGGGGGCAGGAGAGCGCCAGAUGGGACGAAUGUGGCAACGAGAAGGCUGCCCUGUGGUCGAGCCUGUGGUUCGGCCACCGCCACCAGCUCCAGUCACCCACGUCCACGUGAUCAACGUGCCCGCCCCGGAGCCCGAGACCCAGUACAUCACUGUGCCCGCACCGGAGCCCGAGACGCAGUACAUCACUGUGCCUGCACCAGAGCCCGAGACCCAGUAUGUCAACGUUCCAUCUCCUCAGAUCAUCUAUGGCCAGCAAUCUCCUGAGCCUCAGGUCACCUACAGUUAUGUCCCUGCAGCACAACAAGUCGUGUACUCAAAUAAACCCGAGUCGUCCUCGUCCUCGUCUUCAUCAGAAGAGGACGACGAUUAAAAUAAUUGUACGUGUAACAGCUGAAUAAAAGAAUUUAAAAAGA